UUUUUAUUUUUCACUCACCGACCGGAAGAAAAUCCCCCUUACAUUAUCAUUGCGCCUCUUCGUAAGCCCACCGCGGCUUAUGUUGUUGUUGGCCAUGGACGAAUCACCGGCGAACAGAGAGAGCAAAAGCGAGGAAGAAGAAGAAGAUGAUGGCUACAUGGGUGACCUUUCUCAGUUUCUUCCUUCCGAUGCUCUCGAACCUGCUAAGUUGUCUUCGUCCAAAAAGAUUUCCAGCAAGAAAGAUCCUUCAGUCAACUCUUCCAAGAACUGGUUGAAAACUCUUAACUGGCAAGAACGGCGAAAACUUGAAAGAGAAAGGAAGCAACAAGAAGAGGAUGAGCUAACAUUAGCGAAAGUGGAAGCUCCAAUACCACAAUCCAACAUUGGAUUUAAGCUUCUCAAACAGAUGGGUUAUUCUCCAGGUUCUGCCCUAGGCAAGCAAGGCUCGGGCAGGGCUGAACCAGUGGGGAUUGAAAUUCGACGGUCACGAGCUGGUGUAGGCUUAGAAGACCCCCACAAGGAGAAGAGGAAAAAGGAGGAAAUCAUGAUGGACAGGAAAAGAAGGAAAGAGGAGGACCUAAUGAAAGAAUUUGGGUCUAGGCAGAAGUCACAGUGGCAGAGUAGGAGAGUUAUAAUUAAUUACAAUAAGGCAAAGGCUGCCCUUGACCAACUGGAGAAUAGGGUAAUUGUGGAGCCACAAAAGAAUGACGAUGUUGCAGAGGGUGAAGAAGAAGAAGAGGAAGAAAUAACAGAAGAGGACUUGCACGAUGUUUUGAUGAAACUGAGGGAUGAAUUUAAUUAUUGCCUCUUUUGUGGAUGCCAAUAUGAAUCGAACCAUGCCCUUUUGGCCAACUGCCCUGGAACCAAUGAAGAUGACCACUAAAUUGAAGAUUUCUGAUGUGAACAGUGUACACUAUCAGAUUUGCUGUGUUUGUCAAGCAAGUGCUGGAAGCUUUUUUAAUGCUUACUCCAACGGAGCUGGAUAAGCUUACAUCUGGUGGAUGAUUGAACUUAUGGCGCUUCUUGUGCCAAUACGCUGGUGAAUUGUGUCUAUGGUCUCGUUACAAUUUAGAUAGGAGGUUGCCUCAUCUUCAUCCAUGCCGAGGGACAUCGUGGCCUGCCCUCUUUUAGGAAAUGGAUUGGUUCGUAUACAGUUUGUGAAACUUUCAAUACAUACUGGAAAAUUUCACAGUAUUUUACUUGGUCAAUUUUUUAAUUUUAGACUGCAUUUAAAAAGUUUGUGGCCGGACAUUCUUACCUGAACUUGAUGUGGAUAUUAUAUCAAAAUUUUAGCAAAUAUCCACCAGAUGUAUUGAUGUUUAUUAAUAGUAGAAAUUAACCAUCUCUUGAAGAAUGGAUAUAAAUUUAUUCAGGCAAAAUUUAUGGUGAA